CUGCGUGAGGCCGACUUGGAGGGAAGUGAACGGUGCAAAGAAGGGAAAAAAUAGGAGUAGGCAGCACAAACGAAACUACCUACUAAACUCUGCCUCCGGAGCAGUGAAGUGUCUUCAUGGCAGUUCGUCGAGGACACAUUAAGUACUUGAAAGCCGACCUGCAGGAGGUGUAUGACAUGUCUAACGGUUAUGAAGACCACAUGGGAGGGGACGAAGGGAAGGACUCCAAGACCAACCUGAUCGUGAACUACCUGCCUCAGAGCAUGACGCAGGACGAGCUGCGGAGCCUCUUCAGCAGCAUCGGAGAGGUGGAGUCCGCCAAGCUGAUUCGAGAUAAAGUUGCAGGCCACAGUUUAGGGUACGGAUUUGUUAACUAUCUUAACCCUAGUGAUGCAGACAGAGCUAUCAGUACACUGAAUGGACUAAGGCUACAGUCCAAAACUAUCAAGGUGUCAUACGCACGCCCCAGCUCUGAUACAAUUAAAGAUGCCAACCUAUAUAUCAGCGGCCUGCCAAAGUCCAUGACCCAGAAGGACGUGGAGGACAUGUUUUCACGUUACGGUCACAUCAUUAACUCUCGUGUACUUGUUGAUCAGGCCACAGGUACGACAGGUUCGUCCCGUGGGGUGGCUUUUAUCCGGUUUGACAAGCGGGCGGAGGCAGAGGAAGCAGUCAAAAACCUGAAUGGCCAAAAACCACCUGGAGCGGCUGAGCCAAUCACAGUGAAGUUUGCUGCCAACCCAAACCAGGCGAAGAACACGCAGCUCAUCUCGCAGCUUUACCACAACCAGUCCCGACGCUUCGGGGGGCCCUUACACCACCAGGCACAGCGGUUUAGGUUCUCCCCCAUGGGUGUCGACCACAUGGGUGGCAUGGGAGGCGUCAGUGUUCCCGGGAACUCAACCUCCGGCUGGUGCAUCUUCAUCUACAACCUGGGCCAGGAUGCAGACGAGAGCAUCCUUUGGCAGAUGUUCGGUCCCUUCGGCGCCGUCACCAACGUCAAGGUGAUCCGUGACUUCAACACCAACAAGUGCAAGGGCUUCGGCUUCGUCACCAUGACGAACUACGAGGAGGCGGCCAUGGCUAUCGCCAGCCUGAACGGCUACCGGCUUGGAGACAAGAUACUGCAAGUGUCCUUUAAGACCAGCAAGGGCCACAAGUAGAGAGCGAGUUUGGACAAUCAGGUGUAGAGGAGAGAUGAAAUGAGCUAUGGCAGGCUUUUAAUGCAGAGAGAAGUUUGCAAAGUCUGACACAUCUGUUUGAGUUUUAGUGUAUUCAGAGUUAAAUGAGAUGUUCACUCUCUGCACCUUUCUACUUGUCUAAAAGUUGUUGUUUUUUCAUCUUUUGUACUCAUGCUUGGGGCUUGAGGACACCCUGUAGUUUUCAUUUUUAAGGAGGGAAAUGAGAAGGAAAAAUCCCAUGAAACCCCCAAGAUUACUUAAAUUAUCUUAAAAGCUAAAAUACUGUCUGUAUGUGUUGCAUGUUUAACUGUGGGGACUAGAUAAAGUUUUUUAGCAGUGCACUGAAAAUACGGCGCAUGAGGAGAGCCCUGAAAUUUGUUCCCAAGUAUCAGCAUUUCAGUGGAUGAUUAAUUCUGAAGAAGGGGAAGAACAAUAUUUUGCCCGUAGCCAGUGGUCCUUUCAUUGCGCUCAGUUCUGGGUCCUCGUCAAAAGUAGAAAUAGAUGCCUUAAAUUAUCAUAGAGUGGAUGCAGACCUUUGAAACCACUCACUGUCUUGAGUUAAUCUUAGAGCAAAGCACUUUUAACCAAUCCAAUUUAGGUUACCAUGAAUAUCAGUCUGUUUGAUGUUGAUCGGACCUCCGACCAGGUUAACGGUUUUAAACAUGACGAGCUCUGGAGGGAAAUAUUUUUCUGUUUGUUCUGUCCCUGUGCAAAGUGUUUUUUUUAUUAUUAUAAAUUGUAUUUCAGAGUCCUGUUGAAUAUGAACCUGAGUCAAUGAUAAUGGAAUUAAGAUGGACCAAAAGCAGGGAGAGAUUAGAUACUGCAACCCCACAAGAGUUUAUGUGAGGAGACACACACACGCGCGCAAAGUAAAUUUAAACCUUUUAAUUUUUAUUUUUGAGAAGGUACUAAGGUUUUAUCUGACGCUGACUGAGAGUAACAUCGACUUGGCUCAGUUUGCUGUCUGUUCAGUUUAGUUUUUCCUUUUUUUCUUUUUAAUUAUUUUGUUUUCCUUUUUUGUUUGGAUUUUAUUCCCUUUUUAAAGGCAUAGGUUUUUGUUGCACUGUAAGUUACAAACUUGUUUUAACGAGUGCUUAUCUCAAGUUUGGAGAGACAUUAAUGGCCUUUGUUUAUGAUUUCAGUUUAAAUUUGCUUUCUUUUUUCUUCCUUUCUUUUGUUUUGGUUGUUUCUCUUUGAGCAUAAACCAUUAAAUUUUAUUUCUUUUUGCCGAAAGUUUUGUUUGGUUUGUUUCUUUUUUUCUUUACCUUUUUUAGGAUUUGGUUUGAAGUUUUGUUCUGUUGUUUUUCUAGAAGCCAAUCUGCAGUGUUGAUGAAAGAUCCCUGAAAAAGUUUCCACUGGAGGCUUUUGAACGUCUGAGACAGGCUUAAAUUAACAGUAUGUGGACCAAUUAUAGUUGAGACAAGGUUAUUUAACCUGCACACAGACACUUGAAGGAAAGUGACAGUCCAGCAACCAGUUGCCUGUUGAGUUUGAACCACUGAAGAGCAACAUAACUUGAAAAUCUGAAGCUGUAUGAUGGUACUUAAUGGCUUAUUUAUUGAUAUCUGACUCACUAAACCUCUUGAAUCCUGGAUUAUUGAUAUUUAGACUAAAUUUGUUGAUUCCAGUGUUGUAAUUAUAAAGGGAAGCCGGACUGUAAAUAAGUUUAUACUGUUUACUCGCAGAUUUAGGCCUUUACCACCUACAGCUGUUGCUCUGAUCUUUGUCUAUAGGAGAUGAUUUCAACUAGUGAGGACAUUGCUUUGAUUACUUGCCCAGUGAGACACUUCUGAUAUCAUUCGUCAAGAUUAUUUGCAUAUCGCAGCUUUUAAGAGUAAAGAAUUUGGUAGAUUGUCUUGUUUUACAUGUCGGUCGAAAGGCGGAGCUUUAGCAUCAGUACUAGAACUUGUUCUGGCUGUAAUCUGACCAUAGUAAUUAAACCGAUGAAACACACAGUGAUAGUUACAAGUAGCAAAUGAUCCUUGCUCAUGCGAUUUUCACUUUUAAAACCAGUUGUAAUCCCCCUAAAGCUUAAUUUAAAUGCCUCUUCAAUCUGUGCCCUCUCUGAGAUGAGUUUUCCCAUCACAUGCUUCAGAUUUUGGUCUUAAAAGUGAUUUUUUUGAUUUAGUAUUUUCAUCUUAUUUUUGUGUCAUGAACCUUAACUUUGUGCAAUAUUUCAUGACUUGCUCAAAGCAGGUGAAAGAAAUUUUGUUGUAGUCUUGGCCUCAUCUUUUUUUAUUCCUUUUUUUCUACUGACGUUUUGUUACUGCUUAUUUUUCUCAGCAGUCCAGUUGGAGUUGCAUGAAAGAUGCAAGCGAGUUUGUUUUAGGGGCAGUCAGAAUAAACUGCAUUCCGCCUUAAUUUAUAAGAGGAACUGGUGUAUUUUACAUCAGAGGAGGCGCAGGUAUUUAUUUGACAAUGUAUGCGGACAUACUUGUUACUUUGUUGGAGUGUUUUUACUGAUUGAUU